UCCUACCAUAAAUUAUCUUUCUUUCUUCACUGAAAAAAUAUCCAAAGGGAAUCUGAAACAGAGCAACAAAAAAACAGAGGAAGCCAUGUUCUUGAAGCUUCUGACCAUCAUCUUCUUGAAUCUCCUCUUCCAAGAAACAUCUUCCCAAAUUACCAACUUCACUUACAACGGCUUUUCCCCACUACCCGCUGACUUAUCCCUCCAAGGGAUCACCACCGUCACACAAAGCGGUCUCCUCCUCCUAACCAACUUCACCGUCCAAAAAACCGGCCACGCCUUCCUAAACAAACCAAUCCGGUUCAAAGACUCACCAAACGCCUCCGCCUUCUCCUUCUCCACAACCUUCGUCUUCGCCAUCCACUCUCAGAUCUCCAUACUCAGCGGCCACGGCAUCGCCUUCACCAUCGCUCCCAAACCAAGCCUCCCCGACGCAACAGCGAGCCAGUACAUCGGUCUCUUCAACAUCUUAAACAACGGUAACGACACAAACCACGUCUUCGCCGUGGAGCUGGACACGAUCAGGAGCACAGAGUUUAACGACACAGACGACAACCAUGUUGGAAUCGACAUCAAUAGCUUGAAAUCAGAGAGAGCUGCGCACGCUGGGUGGUGGGACGAGAAAGGAGAGUACAAGAACCUGAGUCUGAUCAGUCGCAAGCCGAUGCAAGUUUGGGUGGACUACGACGGCCGUUCGCAUAAGAUCGACGUGAGGAUGGCUCCCUUCAACGAGGAUAAACCUAGGAGGGUGCUCGUGUCGGCUGUGAGAGAUCUUUCUAAUGUUCUGCUCCCAGACAUGUACGUGGGGUUCUCUUCCGCGACCGGCUCUGUUCUGUCGGAGCAUUAUAUCCUCGGGUGGAGUUUCGGUGUGAACAUGGACGCUCCUUCUUUGUCCUUAUCGAGGCUUCCGAAGCUUCCUCGGUUCGUGCCGAGGAAGAUUUCGGAUUUUUUCAAGAUCGGUAUGCCUUUGAUCUCUCUGUUUUUGAUCUUCUCCGUGAUCUUCCUCGUCUGCUUCAUCGUGAGGCGGAGGAGGAAGUUCGCGGAGGAGCACGAGGAAUGGGAGAAGGAGUUUGGUAAGAACAGGUUCCGGUACAAGGACUUGUACUACGCGACCAAAGGGUUCAAGGAGAAGGACCUUCUUGGGUCCGGCGGGUUCGGGAGCGUUUACAAAGGUGUGAUGCCUGGGACGAAGCUGGAGAUCGCUGUGAAGAAAGUGUCUCACGAGUCCCGACAAGGGAUGAAACAGUUUGUGGCUGAGAUCGUGAGUAUUGGUCGGAUGAGUCAUCGGAACUUGGUACCUCUCUUGGGCUAUUGUCGACGUAAGGGUGAGCUUCUUCUCGUCUACGACUUCAUGCCUAAUGGAAGCUUGGAUAGGUACUUGUACAACAAGCCAGAGGUGACGCUCAACUGGAAACAGAGGAUCAAUGUGAUUCUCGGCGUUGCUUCUGGAUUGUUCUACCUUCAUGAGGAGUGGGAGCAAGUGGUGAUUCAUCGAGAUGUUAAAGCGAGCAACGUCUUGUUAGAUGGAGAGCUUAACGGGAGACUCGGAGAUUUCGGUUUAGCUAGGUUGUAUGAUCAUGGGUCGGAUCCUCAGACCACUCACGUUGUCGGAACGUUGGGAUACUUAGCUCCUGAACACACCAGGACAGGACGUGCCACGACGGCGACCGAUGUUUUUGCGUUUGGGGCGUUCUUACUAGAAGUUGGAUGUGGUAGACGUCCUAUCGAGAUUCAGCACGAGACGGACGAGACGUUCUUGCUUGUGGAUUGGGUGUUUGGGUUGUGGAACAAGGGUAACAUCUUGGAUUCUGUAGAUCCGAAUAUGGGUUCUGAGUAUGACCAAAAAGAGGUUGAAAUGGUGUUGAAGCUAGGUCUCUUGUGCUCUCACCCUGACCCUAGGGCUAGACCGACUAUGAGACAAGUGUUACAAUAUCUAAGAGGAGAUGCAAAGUUGCCAGAUUUGUCUCCUUUGGAUCUGUCCGGGAGUGGGAUGAUGUUGGGGGUCCAAGAUGGGUUUAGUGAAUUAGGAAUGUCGUAUUCUUCUUCAGUCUUUAAAGGGUUUACUGGUGGAUCUUCUAUAGCUGAUUCUCUACUCUCUGGUGGGAGGUGAGUGUUUUGAAUACUAGUAUGGUUUUUGUGUGUGUUUUGUAUUUCAUAUGUAACUGGAGAGUUUCCCUACGAUAUGUGAUAAUGUAAAUGAGUGUAUGAUAAUGUUAAAUAACUUUAGGGUUUCUUUAAAGAAGAUUUUAGACCAA